GUCCAGAGUUACUGGUAUUCCAGUAUAAUGUCCUUUGUUUUGGAUUUUUAGAUAUUUAAUUGGUAUUUUAUGUUGCAUUAGUUUAUGACUUAUUUAAAUAAAGCCUAUUUAAGUAGUAAUUUAUUUCAAACUAAUUUUAUUUAGUCUUCAGAGAGCGCAUUCACUGUCUAUCCGACACUAAAUAAGAAGAUAAACGUAAAUAGUAAAAUAAUUUAACGAUUGAGAGAUUGAUAUUAGUUGAAUUUGAUAAGAUAUUAAUUUGUUGUUGUUACUAGCUACUCGGAUCCACAAAACCUCUUCCUUAUUACCCACUGAAAAUGUUUAACAGUCUCUCGUAUGGCAGCAAUAGGACAUAUUUGCAUGCAGAGAAGACAGUGUUUUCUUUUCUUUUCAUCAUAAAUUACUUUGUUGUUAAGGAUGUAAACAGGACAAACACUCUUUCUAAGUUUACACUGUAAAAAAAUAUUAACCUGAAAUCAGUUAUAUAAAAAUGUACUUCAUACAGUAACAUCUGCAUUGACUCAGAAACAUAAUAUAACCUGAAUAUAUUGGGUUACACCAAGUAUUUUUAAGGAUCAGUAUAAACAGCAGUGCUUGCUUUCACUUUUUACAGUGUAGCUUUUUAUUGACAGUGGGUUUCUUUAAAUUUAGUAAAUAAAAAUAUUUAAAUAGAUAAUUAAAUUAAAUGGAUUGUUCCCUUUUGAAAGGUAUUCUCAGUCUCCACGUUGUGCUCAGUCCUCUUUAGUGUCAUCCCAUGGGAUCUUGUUAAAAAUGUAGGCUUUAAAAUGACCAUCAUGACAAUAUUACAGAAGAGCUUACCAAAGAGAAUUAAUGAUUACAAGAAUAGUACCAUUAGUUCAAUUAAUUAGACGGGCCAGCUAAAAUAUUUAAAUCUCAACGCAGCUUUGAAGAAGUAGGACAUUGCCAAAGGCUUCUUCUCUCUCCCACCGUGUCUGAUGUCUGCCAGUGAUGGCGUAAAAGAAAGAAAGAAAAAAAAACAUUAAGGGAAUUUGCUCAUUCAAUACACAGAGCUUUCAAUAAGUUGGUAUUACACAUAUCCUACUGUACACAGAAUAUCCAAACUGUCUUAUGUAUUUCUAUUAAAGUGGAUAGGAAUAGUAACACAGAUGAAGCAUUGUAACGUGUUAUAUAAAACACAAACCUUGCGCUUCACACUACAGCUAACUCUACAGUUUAAACCCAAAGACCACAUUUAACCGUGGGUUAUGAAACUUUCCUUUCGAGGAAUCAAAGUGAAACAACAUGCUGCUUGAAUGUAAUGGGCUCAACAUUACCAAGAACACCAUGAUCACGGAUUCAUCAAGUCCGGCAGAGUUCUUCGAGGACAAUGCUUCACUGCUGUCCUUGGACUCCAGCGUAUUCUUCAGCGAGCCUGCACUGCCGAGUGACGAUCCACUGGAUUUCUUCAUUAUAAAUGUUGGAGGCAGCCGCUAUAUCCUCUCUCAGGAACUGUUGGCCUCUCACCCAGAAACUCGCUUAGGCAAGCUGGCCCUCUCCAAUCGAGACUCUGCUUUAGACCUGUGCGACGAUGCAGAUUUCUUGGAGAAUGAGUUCUUCUUUGACCGCAACUCACAGACCUUCCAGUACAUCAUGAACUUCUACAAGACAGGUCACUUACAUGUGCGAGAGGAGCUAUGCGUGAUCUCCUUCCUUCAGGAGAUCGAGUACUGGGGCAUUGAUGAGCUCCGCAUAGACAGCUGUUGCAGGGAUAAGUACUACCGCCGGAAGGAGAUGAAAGAGACGUUGGAUAUUAGUAAUGAUGCUGAGAUAAUGGACAAUGAGGAGGAGGACUUCACCGGAGCUUUGUGUCAGGACUUACGCCAACGCCUCUGGGACCUCAUGGAGAAGCCGGAGUCCUCUAAGGCAGCCAAGACUUUUGGGACGCUGUCCAUGUUCUUUUUGGUGGUGUCCAUCGUGAACAUGGCUUUGAUUUCGCUGGACUUCACUAUACUUGGUGCACCUAUCAUCUUGGAUGUUCUUGAGUACAUUUGUAUUAUUUGGUUCACCGGUGAGCUGGUACUCAGGUUCAUGUGUGUCAGAGAUAAGUGUAAGUUCAGCAGGAGUGUGGUAAAUAUCAUUGACCUGCUGGCUAUUCUGCCCUUCUAUGUGACUCUGGCUGUGGAAAGCCUUCAUGGAGAAUCUACGGAGCUGGAGAACGUUGGACGGGUAGUUCAGGUGCUGCGGCUAAUGAGGUCACUCAGGAUGCUUAAACUUGGCCGACACUCCACAGGUCUCAAGUCUUUGGGCAUGACGAUCGCCCAGUGCUACGAGGAAGUUGGCCUCCUGAUGCUGUUCCUUUCUGUGGGCAUCUCCAUCUUCGCCACAGUAGAAUACGCCAUCGAACACGAUAUGCCGGAGACCACUUUCACCAACGUGCCCAGUGCCUGGUGGUGGGCCACCACGUCCAUGACCACAGUGGGGUACGGAGACAUCCGUCCAGAUACGGCUCUAGGAAAGGUGAUGGCCUUCAUCUGCAUCCUCUCUGGCAUUCUCAUCCUUGCGCUGCCUAUUGCCAUCAUCAACGAUCGUUCUGCCUGCUACUUCACGCUUAAAAUGAAGGAAGCGGCGUUGCGGCACGGGGAGGCACUGAAGCGACUGACGCGCAGUUCUGCCUCGGAUAUGUCGGCGAUAGGGGUGAACCUGCGGGACGCAUACGCCAGAAGCGUGCUGGAGAUGCUACGGUUGCAGGGGCGAGAGCGAGCCAGCACACGCAGCAGUGCAGGAGAUCUCUGGUGGUAACAGGAGGCUUGCAAGCUGCAGGAGAGAGAGAGAGAGAGGUUUUGUUUUAUUUUAAGGACCAGAAAACCAUUAAAGGGGUCAUAUCAUAAGGAAUUAAAAUUUUCUUGAUCUUCAAUUUGCCUCAAAAUAUAAUUUACUAAAAACAACUCAACUCUCUGAAAUCCUCAUGUUUCUGGUGUCACGAACCUGCAAUUAAUUCUUAACUUUGCAAUCCUGUAACAAUCUAAUGAAGCUGUUGCUUUUUACAUACAAAUGGGGCAUUUCUUAAAGUCACAAUGUAACAGAAGUAGCGACAGAUACUGGCUGUGUCCGAAAACUUAGGCCUCACUGUUUUAUUAGUCAUUGACUUUGUAGGCAGCAUUUGCACACAAAGUUACCUCACGAAACUGAUUUUGGACAGACUUCUGAGGCAGCGUAACAGUUUAAUGAUCUACAGCAAAAUAGAGUGAGCUUUGGUGAUAGCUAAGCUAAUAUUUAAUUACUACAAUAGUAAUUUCUUGCUAGAAAUGACAUCAGAGUGGAAAACAUUUGUUGAAAACAUACAUUUACACACAAACUGACCACCUACUGCAACUUUCAGAUGGCAUCUUUAUUUUUUUACCUUAAAGGUGCAGUAUGUAAUAUUGACAGCUAGUGGUUGAAAGGAGUACUGCAGUCUAAAUUCAAAACACUGGAGAGAGCUGUUUGCCCCGAUCCCUCCUCAGACUUGACUGUCACACGGGUUGCCAGAUUGAGCACAUGUAACAGAAACGAGCGCAAUUGACAAUGAAAGGUGACAAGCCUGACAUUGUAAGUUAAUGAGCUGAUUUUUCUGCGUUUUAAUAUGCCUCUGGAUAAUGGAGCUUUUUAGCUUUUUGGAUGCCGAGGCUUUUUAGGUCGGGUAGAAUCUGUGAUCUCUGACCCAGUUCGUUUAUUGGCUUUCAUGGCUGCAAUACGCUGUGUUUUCUGCCAACUGGCAACCCGGGGUGUCUAAAUACUAUUGGUUAAAUUGGCAGUGGGUGGGAUCACUUACCAAAACAAAAACAGACAUUCCGACACGGAACUCAUAUUUCAAAGUAGAAUAACUGGCUGUAGUUUUGUUUUUUGUAAAUUGUUUUUCAGAGAAACAAGAAUGUGAACUUAGCAUGUUUCCUAAAUAACGGUAAACAUAUAUGGUAUUUUUAUGAUUUACUUUUGUGGGAUAUCGAAGUCUGCGAAUGAUACAUACAUCUAUGCUGCCUUCAAAAAUCAGAUGAAGGUAUCUCAGGAGAGAGGAAGUAAAGCUAACAUUGGAUUCAAACAUGCUUUGAUGCCUUCCUUCCUUGGAAUGCAUUUUCCGAAGGCAGCAUUUUUAAGAUUUUGGACACAGCCAUUUUCUUCCAUACUCUGACAUACAUCCGUGUGAAACGGAUUAUUAGGACAAAAAAAGCAAUGUAUGGCAGGGACUUGAUUCUAUCCAUCAGUUGUUGAUUGGAUAGAGGCUGAUCUGAAUGUGAGCUUGCAGUCGAUUGAGAGAAAGAGGUGGGGUUUAAGUAAAAAAAAAAAAGUUGAAUAUAUGUGGGAUGAAUAUAACGAUAAGCUCAGUAACAUGAAUUUAGAACAUUUAUUUUUGAUGCAUACUUUAAAGGCAGCAACAGUAAAAACAGACCAUUUAACAAAGGGUCCAAAAAGUUCAUACUGUUAUUAUAAAUUGUAAAAAUUAACAAUGACUAUAAAUUGUUAUUAUAAUUUUUUUAUUUUUUUUUCAAAAUAACUUGACAAUGAACCUCAGGUGGGGAAAAGAAUAUUAAAAACAAACGUAUAAUAAGACUUCUUUAAAGGCGAUGCAUGUGAUUUCUGCACCACUACUGGACAAAAACUGAAUUGCAAAAAUAAAGAAUUUACUCAAACAGGUUUCCCAAACAGUGUCAUUGGUUGGACAACAGUUAGCCCCACCCCAAACUCACACCACUGGUUGAAUCAGUGUUGUUAUGCUGCUCAAAUCAAGCCAUUCUGAAAGCAGCACAGAGCCAAAGUGUUUACACGUUUUGACUGAAUCAACCUACAAAUGACUUUAAGCACAUUAAUGCACAUUGAGGAGUAUUCUAGGAGAAGUAUUUUAACAUGAAAUUACACUCAUCAAAAUGAUUUUUCAAAAUUGCUACAUGUCUGUUCUGUUUAUAUUUGUGCAACUCAUUGAUUGUUUGUAAUGCAAGUAGUUUUUACUGUUCCAUUUGAAGAUAUGUAAUAAAAUCUUUGUCUCAAUUUUCCCGUUUGUUGACUUUUUGGGUUACAUUUACAUCAGAACAGUCUUUUUCCUGUGCAAGACUUGUUGAACCUUUUAAAAUAUCACAAAUGGCCUGAAGAAUAAAAUGACAUUGUAAGACAAACAGGUCUGCUCAAAGAUGCAUGGCUUAUUUGACACAUUGCUCUGUAACAGUUGCAGCUAAACAUUCAGAGCUUAAAAGCUUAGA